AACUCGCUACGUAUUUUUAAUUCACAAAGAUAUGAGUGAGUUGGUUCUAGGUCAACGAGCCAAUUACGUGAACUUGUAUAAUACAUCAGAAACUUUUAAAAACACUUUAAAUGACGAACUUGACAAGUGGCUAAUCAUUUCAAAAUCAUUAAUGAAUGAAGAUGGUAGUACUGAUUAUUUGAAAAAGUUUAGUAAUCAAUCUCAGAAAUUUAUCACCAUAACUUAUAUAUAUGAAGAUUACAUAAUUGAUCAUCUAAAAAAAGAGGAAUCUAAAGAAUAA